ACAGGGUUUCAAUUGCGUCCAGUGGCCGGUUACCUCUCUUCACGUGACUUUUUGGCUGGACUUGCAUUUCGUGUAUUUCAUUGCACGCAAUAUAUCCGCCACUCCAGCGACCCUUUCUAUACUCCCGAACCCGACUGUUGUCAUGAAUUGUUAGGUCAUUGCGCUCUGAUGGCUGACCCACAUUUCGCACAGUUCUCCCAGGAAAUAGGUCUGGCCUCCCUGGGAGCCAAUGACGAGGAGGUGGACAAGUUGGCCACCUGUUACUUCUUCUCAGUCGAGUUCGGACUUUGCAAACAAAACAAUGAGAUGAAGAUAUAUGGCGCCGGACUCUUGUCCAGUGCCGCUGAGCUCCAGCACGCCAUCUCACCAGCGGCUCAUGUGUUGGCUUUUGAUCCGUUGAUUACUUGUCAACAGAUUCCGAUGAUUACAACUUUCCAAACCCACUAUUUCUUUACCGAUAGCUUCGAUGAGGCGAAGGAACAGAUGAGAGAAUUUGCGGCAACUAUUAAGAGACCGUUUGGU